AUGCUUUUGUUCAAAACGCUGGAUGGUAUUCGUCUUCUUUCCGGAGGCUAUCGUCGCAUUUCAAAGCACGUCGUUCGCACAUUUCAUCUUUCCGCUUCAUCUGUAAAGUGGACGGAGAAAUCGCCUUGCGCAAAAACUUACGAAGUCUGCAACAUGAAUAUGUUUUCAAAUAGUGCUGCUCGAGUGUUUGUAGUCAAGGCCAAGCACUCCUUUCUUCGCAAUGCGUCAGUUCGAUGUUUUGCGAGCGUAGGCGACAAGCUUCCUGCGGUUGAACUGCACCACGGCUUCCCUCCCAAGAAGCACAAUCUGGCGGAAUACGCAAAGAACAAAUCAAUUCUGUUGGUGGGUCUUCCAGGAGCCUUUACGCCUACCUGAUCCACAAAGCAAAUCCCUAACUAUCUGGAGAAUCAAGACGCUCUUCGGAAGGCAGGGAUUGACGGUGUCAUCGUCUACUGUGUCAACGAUGCUGCCGUCAUGCAGGCUUGGGCAAAAGAUCAAAAGAUCGGCUUGAGUAUGCUGACGCUAAUGGGAGAUCCGGCAGCUGAGUUGACCAAAGCACUCGAUAUGGAGUUGACGCACCCGGGACCCGUUAGCAAAGGAAUUAUUGGUCGCUGCAAGCGUCACGCCAUCUACGCAGUGAACGGAGAGAUCAAAGCGAUUCGAAUCUCGGAGACCGAAGAUGACCCUGCGGGAGAUUCAGACCCUUCGUCGACGCUGGCCGACUCGAUGCUGAAGGCGAUUGAAGAAAGCAAGUAGUGCUGUUGGAUUCGAAAUCAAAUGAUUGGAAUAGUUGGAAUGACAUCGUUUGCCAUAUAUUUGGUAUGGGAUUGAUACGAAAGCGGCACAGCCACUGCGUCUUGGUGACAAUUGUGUUCGCUACCUGAAGCUAUCAUUUGGUUUUAAAUGUCCAACGCAUGUACAUAAUAGUCGGUGGUCAAACGUCUUUGCUUUCAUGAACGUCAUCCUGCUUUCUCGAAAUUUUGUUACUAGCCAUUCUUAUUCGCCGGAAUGCUUGCGCACCGACGAACACGGUAUUGACACUGAGCAGCUAGUUUGUGAGAAAGAGACGCACUGCUUUCGGCGCGCUACCUAUGAAGCAUGA